AUGAGACCCGUUACAGUUGGAAUUGUGUCGAUCGGAGACAUGGGCCUCGGCAUGGCCAGGCUCCUAAAAGCCCACGAUUACCGAGUUGUCACGGUCGCAGAAGGAAGAAGUGAACACACACUGGCACGGAUCCAUUCAGCCGGCAUCGAGAUCCUCCCCUCGGACCAAGCGCUAGUAAUCCAAGCCGACUACGUAUUGUCAAUCGUACCUCCGCGGAAUGCAGUGGCGACGGCGGGACGAAUCGCAGCUGCGUGCGCACUGCCGUCGACGGGCAGUCUCCGGGAGGCGGUGGAGGACGUAGAGAACCCGCCGAAACGGUCCAAGCUAUACUACCUCGAGCUCAACGCAGUCCCCGCCCGACUGGCGUCGGAGAUGGCGGCGCAAUUCGACGAGCCAACCACAACGGACGGGGGCCGAGGGUGCCACUUCCUCGAUGGCGGAAUCAUUGGUGCGCCGCCGUCCCAAAGCACGCAAGACGGGAGCUGGAAGAAACCUAGCGUGGUGCUGUCUGGAUUGGUGGAUCUGGCCCCUGGGUUUGCGACACUAGCCGGGGUGUUGAAUAUAAGGCUUGUCUCAUCUCGGAUUGGCGCCGCAUCCACGCUCAAACUAUCCUUCGCGGCGCUGACCAAAGGUCUGACCGCGUUGUCUAUCCUGUCCUUCUCCACUGCGCAGAGGGAGUCGAUGUUGCCGGAGUUGCUGGCGCUGCUGGAGGAAUACUCCCCACGCACUGCGGCGCUCGCCACGAAUGGGGUGAUUGGCAUGAGUCCCAAGGCAUACCGGUGGGAGGAUGAAAUGCGUGGGAUCGGGGAGAUGUUUGAUGCGGAAGGCGGAUGGAAUGGAGUCGGAGCCGAUGUUUAUGGAGGUUUUGCUGAGAUCUAUCGGACCAUUGCGGAAUAUACCGUAUUAGGCGAGGAAAGAGUGGAGCACCGAGUGCGAGGUAUAACGAUUGAGGACGCCGCCCAGAUCAUAGCUCAGAGGAAAGGUGCUUGA